AGAUCAUCGCCCCUCACCCUCGCUGUAAUCUCUCAUUACGCUUCAAGAAAACUUCUCGCGACGGAAACAUGUUCAAUUUCUUUAUCUGUCUCCUUUUUCUCCUCAGUCUGGGUCGAUACACGGAUUGUAAAGAGGAUUCACCUAUCUCGGAUGGAACCACAGUGCCAAUUAAAUGCGAUUUAAAAGAUUCUCUUUCAACGGUCCUUUGGUUCCGCGUAGGGAACACAGGGAUGGAGGUUUUAGGAUUUGUAGAUAGCAACGGAGUGGAACCUAAAGACAGCCUCACCAUCAAGAGCAAGGCGCUACUGGAAAUUAAAAAAUUCAACAAGAAGCGCGACAGCGGAGUCUACGGCUGUUCGGCGAUCAAUGGGAAAAUACUAACUUUUGGGAAGACCACAACCCUUCGAGGACCUGCUGACCCAACCACCACGACAACUCGUCGAGUGACCACAGCAACACCACCCAACACCACUACGACUCCCUGUCCCUGCCGAACAGGAAAGAAGUACAACAAAGAAUCUCCGGACAGCUGCGAGACAGCCAUCUUGGCUCCACUUGUGGCCGGCUGCAUCCUCCUCUUUCUCAUUCUCAUCCUGACCAUCCGCCACUGCAGCCGCGUCCGAACGAGAGGGUGCCCUCACCACCACAAGAGAAGGCCCAGGAACCCCGCACAGGUCAACCUGGGGAAGCCUGGGAGAUACGUCUAGCCUCCCCCAGCCCCCUCUCCCUCACAGGCCAGCAGACUGAGACUGAGAGCCACGUUCCUGAGAAAUAUAUCAGCAUUUACGGCUUUUAAAUGAUGCAUUUAAUAAGCAUUUAAAUGACGAACAAUGAGGUGAGAUCCCAUAUUAAGAACUGUCAUAUACCUAUUAAUAUGAAUAUUCUAUAAUUCUAUAAUAUUUUGUACAAAAUCAAAGCACUUCCUGAAAUAGUAGUAGUAAUAAUAAUAGUAAUAAUAAUACUAAUAAUAACUGCUAUUAUUAUUGUUGUUAUUAUUAUUAUUAGUUUAGCUCAAGAGAAGAUGAGAAUGCUGUUGAAUAGGAUACAGGGCUAUGGGUAUGCUUAACGUUUCUGUUACCUUACAUAUUGUUCAUAAUUUUAGAAAACCAAACAUAAAGAUUACAGUAAAUAUAAGUGAUAUACAUAUGCUUAAAUGUAAUGACUGAAAUAAUCCUUCUUUUUGCAGUAAGUGUUUCAUAGAGUUUUAUUUUUAGUUUGUAUAAUAGUUAGUCUGGAUUAUUUGUUCAAAGAUGGUGAGAUGUUUUACUGUAGUUCCUGCAAGUCACAUGUUUACCUGGUUUUGCAGUUGCACAAUAUCCGUGUCCCAUGGAGUGUGUCAAUGCACUGUGCUAAGUGUUUAUCACAUUCUGAAAUAUUUGCCAUUAUGUUUUGUCAUACUUUAUUUCAGUGAUUUUUCAAGACUAAUAAAGUUUUUGUCUUUGUGUUGGAAGUUUCACAAGAAGUUCCAGUAAUUCUGGCAAGUUGCAUUUCUUCGUGGAUCUUGUAAAAUUAAAUAGACUGGGUGUACUUGCCUGACAUGGUUUUGUGCUUGUUGUUAACCCUUUGAAGGGCAGGUUUUUAAUGCUUAUUCUCAAAUCUAAGUCAGUGUUCAAGAACUCCAUUGCUUUCAACUACAGUUCUAGUAGUGACUGUUACACCAGCGCUAGAAUCUUCCGUAAAGAACAUCCUAAUCGCAUAUCUGCGAACUUACACAUCACUUGGUUAAAGUGUACUAUUGGCAUUAUAUGUGUUGCUAAAAGCGUUUUUGAACGUACAAGGGACCUGGUUGGAGGGAUAAGUGAUUAUGGUAAUAAUAUCCCAGUCCACACGUCCAAGGAAAUGUACACUCUGAUGCUAAAAUUGAACAAAACUAUUGAACCAUCUGCAAGGUUCUGCAUGGUGAGCAGUAUUGCUAGUGCUUUAUUUUUGACACACAACUUUUAAAUGAAACUUUACUUUACUUUGACUUUUUACAUAUUGUCUCUAUGUGGCACAUCCAAUUGCACAUACAGCUGUCGAAAUGCAUGCGUGUGACCUUAAUAUCAUAUGUGUAAAUAUUAAUGCUUAUGUUCUCCAUGUACACCUGCAUUAUUUUAUGCUGUUUCAUGAAUAGAUUUGCUCGAUUAAUUCUCGAAGUAGCCCUCUUGUGUUGUAAAAAUGAAUUGCAUGGAGCUAUUCCUCAUGUUAAUCUCAAGGUGAAGUCUCUCUACUGUAUGCGUGCAUCAUAAACAAAAAACAACCCAAACAUCAGUAUGCUGUAUUCCUUUUUAUUUUUUUUCCAUUUUUAUAAAACACUUUGAAAUCCAUUUGUUCCACAAACACCGUCAUUAAAGCAAAAGUACCCACAACCA